AUGGGUGCAGUGAAGGUGCGCAAUCCUGCGGACUUUGAAAGACUGCGCAGUUGCAAAUCACUGACAGCCCAGGCAGGGCAGCACACGUCGAAGUCUACAAUGUUAUGUCCAAACUGCAAAUUGAGAGAGUUUCCGUCCAUUGAGUCACUUAUUAUGCACCUCAAUUCCCAAUCUACCUGCUGGCCACCUGAAGCACAACCACAAGAAUUACCUGUCCCUCCUGUAUUCCAUCAAAGUCCUGUUUCAAGUACCACUGGUGCUUGUCAUCAAGAUUCCAGAUAUGUCUUCGGCAUUGGUAAAAACAUGCUCGAUAGGUUGGAAGACAAUACAUAUGCGUACCGGCGAAAGAUCAACCAUUACUACCCUUUCCACGACGAAGGUGAAUGGGAAUUAGGGAAGUUCUUGGUCGAAAACCUCACUCAAACGCAAAUCACUAAGUUUUUGAAGUUGAAAUGGUUUAACGAUCACACAAGACCGUCUUUCACUACGAAGGAUAAACUCUUGGACUGGAUGGACUCGCUUCCUUGUUUUACGGAGUGGCAAGUCUCCAAAAUAGAGUUUUCAGGCUACAAGACCGUUUAUCCCAUCAAACUCAUUUGGCGCAAUGCAUUAGAUGUAGUCAAGCAACUCUUUAGUGACCCUAUCUUUGCGAACCACAUGAUGUUCGUCCCACACCACAUCGGUGUCGGUAAUCAGCGUGAAUAUGGAGAUUACAUGAGCGCUGAUAUGGCAUGGAAAAUCCAGGACCACCUGCCUAUUGGCGCAACCCAGGUUCCCAUCAUCUUGGGGUCCGAUAAAACUCCUGUCACGCGACUUACUGAAGGACUGGAGAUGCACCUGAUUUUCAUCACCAUCGGUAACAUCGAUUCAGAGGUUCGUUCUAAAGCAACAUUACGAGCUUGGCGCUGCAUUGCAUACAUGCCAAUCGUAAAGUUCCGUGUGCAUCCAGAUUAUCAGAGUAUUCUUCAGGCACGGCUAUGGCAUAAAUUCAUGGACCUCGUCUGUGCUAACCUCAAGGCCGCGGCAGCAGAGGGAUGUUUCAUGCCUGACCCUUUUAGAUUUAUCUGUUAUGUUUUCACGCCCCUUGUAGUUCAUGUAUGCGACCUGCCAGAGGCCACCAUGAUCGCUGCAACAGUUGAUCCCUGGGACCUCGACAAGUUCCAGAAAGUGGCCAAAGCUCUUAAUCUGUCUGGAGUUCACAUGCCUUACUGGCGCGAUUGGAUAUAUGCAUGCCCAUCCAUCUUCCUCGCUGGCAAAAUUCUACAUACCUGCUUCAAAUUUUUCGCUGAUCACCCGCUCAAAUGGGUGAAGGAGACUGUAGGAGCUUAUGAGCUUGAUACCCAUUACAUUGCUCAGCAUAAGCGGGUUGGCACACGCCACUUCGCCAAAGGGAUCACGCAUGUCAAGCAAAUGACGGGCCGUGAAUAUAGAGAUAUACAACGCACUAUCGUUGCAUCAAUCGCAGGUGCCGUUUCACCCAGAUUUAUUCGUGCAAUCUGCGGCCUUGUAGACUUCACAUAUCUUGCACAACACCCAGUUCAUUCACCCCAAUCACUCCAAGCCCUGACGCAGGCACUUUUGGAUUUUCACACCUUCAAGGAUGCUAUCAUUGCUGCAGAAGCGAGAAAGGGGAAGAAAGGCAUGAAAGAAGAUUUCUUUAUUCCAAAACUCGAGCUAAUGCAAAGUUUCGAGGGUACAAUCAGGAGGUUGGGCACGUUGAUGCAAUUCUCGGCUGAUACAACGGAGCAAUUGCUCAUAAUGCACUAUUUCACGGAGCAGUGCAUUCGUAUUCUUAAUCGUCAGGAGUCGAUGGAAAUAUUUGAUUUAUAUGCGUUGUUGACUUCUUGGGGAGCAUCACUGGUCAAUGCCAUCCACGCUGAAGAUGAGGAUUUCACAAUCACUAAUCCUGCACUUUCUUGGGUUUCCCGCAUACUCCCUGACGAGGUGAAGUCGGUUCAUGGUCCCAGACCAGUCCAUAACCACUUUCUCAAGGGCAUUCUUUCUGGAGAUGCGCUCACGGCUUUCCAACUGAAUGUUACCCCAGACUAUAAAUCACUGUCACCGGCUGAAAUACGCACGAAAUACACUCUCCCCGACUUUGAUCACAUGCUCACCGACUUUAUUCAUCGUUCAUCCCUGGCUAGCGACGAGCACACCUGCUGGGACCCCAAAUAUGGGCACUUCCAGGUGUGGAACAGGUUUCGGCUGCAGCUGCACUCGGCCUUCCAGCCACGGGUCAUCAUGCCAAGCAGGGUAGUACAAGCCUACCCACCGAGCAAUGAUUUCCCCUUGGGCAACUGUGAUACCAUUCUUAUCGAUGGCCCGGGCAUGGAUGGCAACAUAACUAGUUAUGUCACGCAACUGCCAUCGUACCUUUCCAACCCCCUUCUAUAUGUCCAGUAUUUCCAUUUUGUCUCUCAUCCUGAAGACCAUCCUGAACUCAUGAUGUGGACCGUGGAACGCGUGUACACUCAUGAUGCAAAUGAUGCAACACAUGCGGUUGAAUUGAUACCGGAGUAUGGUGAGGCGGUGGACAAGAGCAUGACCUCUGCAACAUGCUCGGAAAGCUAUGAGCAUUUCUUUCUGAAUAAUUUUGCGGACAAGGAGAGUUAUCAUGCAUUCAGUACUGAGUUUGUAUAG